UGUUUAUUUUUUUUUUAUUUAUUUAUUUUUUUGUAAUAAUACUUGUAAGUCAUUCGUUGUAGUUUUUAAUAAGACGAUAUCGUUGGCGUUAUUUUUAUGUAAUGACAAAUAUUUUGUGAGAACGCAUACGCAGUGCACGCCAACGUUUUCUAAGACAUACUGCUGCCAAACAAGUUAAACUAUAACUUAGUUAUUUUUAGAGCGCAAAAAAAAAAAAAAAAAAAAACUAAAUGACUUUAUAUACUCAGUGUUACUGGAAACUACAAAUGGAAACGGUUUGAUUCUGCUGAACACUCUGAACCCUGACAGGCCCACCAUGAGCCUGAAUGAAUUCUGCCGCGUGUGCGGUUCAGCGUUGAAAGGAAACCAGCGGCGCUGGAUAUUUGGGAAGCAGCAGUCCACAGGGACUAAGACCAGUCCUGGAAACCUGAGUCUCACUGGUAAGGGGGGUCGGGAAUGGGGCAGCAGCGCUUCCCUCAACUCUCCUUCAACGGCCUCCUCGUCUUCCCCCACUUCUAGAAUGGACCUGCACGCCAUCCUCACUCAUGUGCUGGGCAGGGAGAUACCAAGGAAAGACGGGCGGGGGGAGUUUCUGUGUGGGAAGUGCGUGUCUGUUUUGGAGCGUGUCUUCAAGUUCGACACGGUCAUCGCGAGGGUGCGCACCCUGUCCCUGGAGAAACUGCAGCGCCUGGCUUCCGAAAAGGAGAAAAUGUGCAGCUGGAUGUCUGGCAUUUACACACGGCGCCACUUCAAUUCCAGGAAGUCUGACACCAGCGUGGUGGAUAGAAUGAGUGACGUAGACUCGAACAAUGGCUACCAGGCCAUGCUGAGAGAGAACAUGGCGCUUUCUGAAUACGAAUGUUGGUCUGAGAAGUGGGAUUCUUGUCCCUAUUACAGGAAGACAGGGAAAUGCUGCCAGAAAGGGAAGAAUUGUGAAGGAUGCAAUGCUCUGAGAGUCUCUGAUUCUGAUUAUGAGUCGGUGUGUGGCGUACCCAGACGACUAGCCAACAGCACCCAUCGCCAGAACUCCUCCUCCUCCCAAUUCGCCUUAUCCCGAGAUAAAUCCAGAAGCAUGCCUCUCGAUUGGCUGAAUCGCUCGUAUUCCAGUUCUAAAAGGGGACACUCUCUGCAAUAUGGCAGCACCUUGAGUGUCGGCUCAAGCCAAUCGCUUAACUGUGACACCCCGGGUCCCACCUCUAGGUCCAACUCCGUCCUAUCAUUGGACUCUGAGGGCUUCCCGGACCCUUUUGAUUGGCCGGUUGGUGACAGUGAUGUGACGUUGCCGGUUUUAAUGGAAGUUUUGAGGAAGAUCCGUGAGAUUGAAUAUAGGCCUGUUCAGUCCCCCCCUCGGAGCAAGAUUCCUGUCUGGGACAGGGCUGGUCAGGGGAAGGGAGGGACUCCAGGCAGGCAGGAGAGGGGAGGAGGGGGAGGUCUACAGAGGGCGCUGAGUUUCGGAGAGUCACUGGAUGGAGAGAACGAAGACGACGUCUUGACUGAACUCCAAGAUGAGUAUCUACCACUGAACAGAGGGAAGCUGGUGCAGAGACAGAAGCUGCAGACUGCAGUCAGGCAGCUGAGAGGACAGCUAGAGCAGGCCCAGGCUCGGAUCAGGACCCUGCAGGAGCAGCUGGAAGGAGGGGCUACCCACCCAGUGGGUGUGUCCAAGACUCUAGCACCCCCAAGCCUCCUAUCGAAGGAAUGGCAUGAGUCCCAGGCUGAAGCUUCGCUGGUAGACGGACGGCACAGCACAGAGCACAUUGCACAGGAGUGCAUCGCUGUGAUCCAGGAGGCUAGUCUCGGGCGUGCUGUGGAGGCAAAGUUUUCCGAGCUGAAGGCAACAGAGAGAGAGGUGCAGAGUCUGAGACAGACAGCCAGAGAGAAGGACAGAGACCUGGUGCGCUUGGCAACCGUGCUACAGAGCAACGAGGACACCAUCCAUGCCCUACGCUGGGAGCUGUCUCAGAAGGAAGGUGCACUGCGGGAGAGGCAGAGCAUGCUGGAGAGAGAGAGGGAGGCGUGGACACACAGAGACACACUGCAGACGGGGCUGCUGGCAGAGAGGGAAGCGCUGCUGAGCUCACUGCAGGGGGCGCUGGAGAGCAGCCAGAGAGACGUGCAGGCGUUGUCGGAGUCUGUGAUAAGCCAGGGAGUGGAGGGGGCUGGGGCAGCUGCCCAGCUAGCCAGUCAGCUGCAAGAGAAGGAUGCGAUGCUGGGUCAGCUCCUGAGAGAACAGAGAGAGCAGAGCGAUGCCCACUGGCAGGAGGUGAAACAGCUCCUGACUGCGCUGGAGAGCAGGGAGAUCAUUAUACAAGAGCAGUCUGCACAGCACAGCCAGGCUCUGUCUCAAUCCUCCCUGGAGCUGUGUGAGGCACAGAGAGAGCUGAGAGAGAGGGAGAGGGAGAGAGCGAGGGAGGAAAGUGGAGCCGCACUGGAGAGAGAGAGGGAGGAGAGAGGGCUGAGGAGCAUGCUGGAGCAGAGGGACCGGCUCAUACAGCAGGUUUUGGCCGACGCCGAGGAGAAAGACGGGCUCCUGUUCAAACUGCAGCAGCAGGUCAACGAGCACUAUGAUUUCAGAACGGGGAUGAAACAGACUCUCUGAGGAAACCCUGUCCAAGACAACAGUGCCGAAACAAUUAUCCAGCAAGGCAGUGCAAUACUGCCACCUGGUGAAGACUUUAGAAAUGGUGACCACAGAUUUGACCAGUGAAAAGCCCCCUGAGAAUAGGGGUUGAACUCCUCGGCAAUGAUGCUCAUGUGGACUUUGCCCAAGAACCGCUUCACUGCCAUCCAAACUACUGAAGAGCUUGUUCUUGCCACAAUAAAGUGCUAACUGUGUUUUUUAUUUUCUUCAUUUGUAUAGUUUAGUGGUGAUUAACGUGCUAAGCUUCACUAAUAAUGUGUUAUUAACAGUAUAGAGACUUUGACAACUGCAGUGACAUCAUGAGGAUUUGAUUAGUCUAGAGCCCACUGGAACAUGGUCAAUAUGUGUCCUUUAUAUCCAGAGAAUGUAGAGUAAUCCUUUCACUGCCAGCGAUUCGGGCUUGAACUGGUCUCUGCACUCCUUGUGCCGAGACCAGCAGUGGUGACGGGUACUGUCAAAUUAGCAAAUUAUAUUGUAUUAACUUCUAAAUGCUGCUGGCAAGGUCGCUGGAAGUGAAGAUUCAUAAACAUACGACAGCCGGAAUGAAGGCAGUUAGUGUGGCUGCAUUUUAAAUAACCCAGCUGCUGUGUCAGGUGCCGUGGGCUGUAGGGAGAUAUUUCUGACCCCUAGAUUCCUGUCUUCAAACUGAAUUUGAGUUUUUUUCCAACUUAUGAGUAUAUAGCUUUUAAAUUUUUUUAUAUAUGGCUUUUUUGGUAUUGUGGGUUGGUUAUGGUAGAAAUGUAAUCCUGGUACUGGUAUGUCAUCACUUUAACUAAGGAGCACAGGGUUAAUAUGAUCAGUAUAAUAAAAAUAGUUGCAUAAAAUGAAAUGCUUAUGGCUAAUUCUGGUAAAUAAAAAUCUAUUUUCUGUAGACACAACUUUGAUAAG